AGUGCAUUUGUAGCCUGCACAUUGUGGAGACGGCCAUUUUGUGGGCUGAACCAACAUCAUGAGAGUACAGUCUGUCAGUUCACAUUGAUCCUGUUGGAACUGGAAGUAAUUGCUGAGCUUGGAGGAUCCCAAGCAAACAAAUUGAGUCUUUAAUUUCCUCACAGGUGGAAGUUAAUUAAUCUAGCACAGCCAGAAAAGAAGUCAAACGUAAAACAAACCAAAGAGUCCUUAUAAAACAGGACUCUUCGAAAAGCCACAUUUAAAGGAACAUAAUGUCAAACCAUCUAAAGCCACCCCACGCAGCAGGUCUCUCUCGCCAGAGAUCCACCUGCUUUCUCCUGGAUCCACCCCGUGUGCAAGGGUCGGAUUUUGUGGAUAUGCUUCGUCUUAUUGGUUACCCAGGUGCACAUGAUCUUAAGGGUGAGGAUUUUGAUUGGCUUUGUGAAGGUAAUGAAGAGGCAGAGCUGUUCCUGGGAUGGCUCUGUGGAGCUGUGGACCAGCAUAAUUCUCUAAGCAGUGAGCAACUGGAGGCCUACAAUGCUCUCCUCAGCUCUGGCCAGCCACUUUUAGAAGCAGAUGAGCUGGAGAACCUCUGCAAAGGGGGAAGUGAGAAUGAAGGUGAAUGGGAUAUAAAGGAAACAAGGGAGGAACUGGAGGCUGAGCUUCAGAGUUUGCGGACACUGAAGACAAAUCGACUGCAGUCGCGCAACAAGAUAGAAUCCUUGGGGCUGACCUUACUCUGCAGUCGGCUGUCAUUGGAGAAGCUGGAGAAGGAAUUGGAACGAAGUCUAAAUCGCACCAAGCAAGACCUGUCCACCGUGAACUCAAGGAGCAAUUCUGCUUUGUUGAGACUUCGAGUGAUGGUGACAGAACUUGGGGACUAUCAUUCCAACCAGUCUACUCAGAGCAUAUUUCUCUCUUCGCUCGACUUGGAGGGGUACGUAAGGCUUGAGGAUACCUGCUGGAAGCAGGUGGAAGAGAUUGCCAAAGGAGUGUUUACUGCUAGAGAGGGAGAUCUGGAUCAAGGAAGGAAAAUGCAGCAAGAGAUGCAGAAAGAAAGUGAGAGGGUGCGAACCGCGUGGGCGUCUCAGAGAAUGCAGCUAAGCCUCGCGCUUGGAGACCUGAAUGGAAAUAAGGAGGCAUUAGCCUGGCUGGACAGGAACGCAGGAGAGCAGGUGUGGGAUCCGCUGCGUGUGCCUCUACUGGAGAGGGAGGUUCAGUCAUUGGAGGCAGAAGUGGAAGCCCUGCAGAACCAGAGACUUCCUGCGCUGGUGUGCGUAGCCUCCAUCGGCCCGUGCCUGCCUGCGCUCCAGGAAUGGCUGAACACCGAGAAGCAGAGGCUGGCACAGGUGGACCAAACCCAAGCUCCAGUGGCGGAGGCCAUUCUCUAUCAGCUGUCCCGUCUGCAGCUAGUGGAGCUGGGCCUACAGGCUGAGAUGCGGGAACACUGCCAAACUGAGAGGGAUCUUCGAGCGCUGAAAAUGGAGAUGGCCAGCAGGUCGAGUGAGCUUGGAAAGAGGCUUGGGACAAAGGACCUGCGGGGGUCACCUCAGUGGCUGACCCCCCUACGCGUUGAGAGCAAAGACCACACGGCGGUCAGGCUCUCCAUGAUGCUGGAGAACCCAUCCAGACAAAAAGAGUUGUUUCCCAAAUAUGAAGCCUUACAGCGCCAGGCUGCAUCUCUUGUGCAGGAGCUGGUAUCGCUGAGCGGCGUUUGCCACGGUUCUCUCCCGCAAACCACGAAUCUGGAAAGGGAUUGCGAAGAGCUUCACCACUCUCUAUGCCGAGGGACAAGGAACCUGCAGCUGCGAGACCCAAACCUCACACUUGCUUUUGAAACCCUCUCCUCUUGCGUCUCCCAGUUUAACCAGUGGUGUCUGGACUGUUUGCGGGAUCUGGAACGCAAGAAGCUUUCCAUUCACACGUCUCCUCUAGCGCAAGGUAGACAGCUUUAUCUCUUCUUCUACCAGGACCCCGCUCGGCUUGCCGACAUCGUUCAGGACCUUGAGCAACGUGUGAGGGACUCGUGUUCUGAUUAAUUCCAAUAGCUCUUAUUCUGUUUUGUUUGUACUGAAAUAAAUGCAGCAAUCACA